CAAACGGAGCCGCGCACGGUCUCCCAUCGUCUUCUACCCCCGGUAGUUCCCACUUUCGAGUUCCAUUCCCGGUCGCUUCCCCUUUUCCUCCUUCCUCGAAGUCCGCGCGAUUCCCAGCGUCGGAGCUCUCCCGGCGCGCCUCCGCCUCCGCCUCCGCACAAGGCUCGCCUCUGGCUGCUCCGGCGGCGGGUGGGUUGGGGAGCGAGGCGGCUGGUCGGCGGGUUCUUGGGCGAGCUGCUGGCGCUGGUCCGUGUAGCGGACGUAGACCGCCCCUAUGUUCUUCGGGUCGAGGAGGGUGGAGGACGAGGUGGCGCUCGUCAGGCAGAGGACCGUGAGAUUCCAUGAUGAGAGGGCAAGGCCAACUAUACCCAUUCACCAGAAGCAGGCGGGGCUAGCUGCUAGUAAGUUUGGCUUGGGGAGUCCAGGGGAAAACAGAAUUUUCGUGUCAGGGCAUGAGUUUUGGUACAAGAAGAUUAUUGACCCGUCAAGUGGUUUCAUCUUGACAUGGACCUAUGUCUUCGGUGUAUCAUGCUUCAUUGCUCUAUUCAUGGACCCUCUGUACUUCUAUGUGCCUAAAAUCGUUUAUGGCCCAACAACUUGUAUUGGGAAGGAUAGACACCUAGCCAUUAUCGUUACUGUCUUCCGAUCAAUUGCCGACAUCUUUUAUGUCAUCCAAAUUAUGAUAAAGUUCAGGACUGCAUAUAUUAACCCAAACUCAACAUUAGGGGUUUUUGGUCGAGGAGAUCUCGUCACAGAUUCUAAGGAAAUAGCAAAGCAGUAUUUGAGAUCUGACUUUGCGGUUGAUCUAGUGGCUUCUUUGCCUUUACCACAGAUCAUUAUUUGGUCUGUGAUACCAGCCAUCAAAUAUUCUUCAUCUGAGCAUGACAAUGACUUACUGCUUCUGGUUGCACUUUUCCAGUAUAUUCUAAGAUUAUAUCUCAUGUUUUCAUUGAAUAAUAAAAUAGUCAAAGUUACUGGAGUUUUUGCGAAGACUGCUUGGCAAGGAGCUGCAUACAAUCUGCUGUUGUACAUGAUUGCUAGCCAUGUUUUAGGAGCACUAUGGUACCUGCUAUCCUUUGAACGCCAGACCGCAUGUUGGAAAAGAUAUUGCAUGAAUGAAACUGAUUGCCACACUUGGUAUCUUGAUUGUGGCGUAAAACCAGAUCCGAAUUGGGCAAGCACGACUGGAGUCUUUACUAGCUGUAAUGCUAGUAGUAACAAUAUCAGUUUUGACUACGGUAUGUUCCAGCCAUUGUUAUCUAACAAAACUCCUAGUCAGAGCUUCCUGAGGAAGUACUUCUAUUGCCUCUGGUGGGGCUUGCAGAAUCUAAGUUGUUAUGGCCAGACAUUAAGUGUGAGUACCUAUCUUGGUGAGACACUGUAUGCUAUAUUGUUGGCGGUGCUUGGUCUCGUCUUGUUUGCGCAUUUGAUUGGAAAUGUCCAGACCUACCUGCAAUCUAUCACUGCAAGGGUUGAGGAGUGGAGGCUAAAGCAGAGAGAUACCGAAGAGUGGAUGAGACAUCGACAACUUCCCCAUGAAUUACGGGAAAGGGUGAGAAGAUUCAUUCAUUACAAGUGGCUUGCAACUCAAGGUGUGGAUGAAGAAUCUAUAUUGAAGGCUUUGCCAGCAGAUCUUCGCCGUGACAUCAAGCGUCACCUUUGCUUGGAUCUUGUUCGUCGGGUCCCACUUUUCUCCCAGAUGGAUGGUCAACUUCUGGAUGCCAUAUGUGAGCGUCUUGUAUCUUCCUUGAGCACAGAGGGCACAUAUAUUGUCCGUGAAGGCGACCCCGUGAUUGAGAUGCUUUUUAUCAUCCGUGGGAAGUUGGAAAGCUCCACCACAGAUGGUGGCCGGACGGGGUUCUUCAAUUCAAUCAUCCUCAAACCUGGUGAUUUCUGUGGUGAAGAGCUGCUUGAAUGGGCUCUUGUUCCCAAGCCUACUGUCAACUUGCCAUCAUCCACUCGGACAGUGAAGGCAAUUUUUGAAGUGGAGGCGUUUGCUCUCCGAGCUGAGGACCUCAGGUUUGUUGCCAGUCAAUUCAGGCGGCUCCACAGCAGGAAGUUGCAGCACACAUUCCGCUACUACUCUCACCACUGGAAGACCUGGGCUGCUUGUUUCAUCCAAGCUGCUUGGCGCCGCUACAAGAGGAGGAGGAUGGCCAAGUACCUGCACAUGAGGGAGUCAUUCUCCUCCAUGAGAUCAUAUGAAGACGAUGCUUCCCCCGAACGGAAUCUUGCAUUGAGAAUCAUGGGCGAGGCUAGGAGGGGAACCCCCACCAAGGAACUGCCUAAGUUCAGGAAGCCUUCUGAGCCGGACUUCUCAGCAGAGUAUGACGAGUAAGAGAUUGCUGAAUAACUGGUACAUUAUUUGCUAUGGCGGGAUCGUUGUUUGUGUUGCAAACCCCUGCUGCCCGUCGGUCUUCUUCAAACAUGCAUUUGGUUUGAGGUUGGCUGGUAACUGACUGUUGAUUUCAGAAAAAAAAAAAUUGCUAACAUCGGGGCACCCAGCAUAUGGUGAAACAACUAGCAUAAAGCAGGGGGACAGGUUUCGGUGACUGAAAAGAAAGAGAAAAUGUAUGCUGUUGUGGGGUAGCUUAUUAUUCAUACUGUACAUAGACAUGUGGUUAUGGGUAAAAAUAUGAUUUUGUA